UCAGAGACUUUGGAGGGUCAUAUUUUCUUCCUAAUAUGUGUCUGAGACAUUCAAUGUUAGCUAAGUUCAAGUUGACGCUAGCUAUAUUAGUGGACAUAAUACUGGAAUUCUAUCUUAAAAGGGAAAAAAUAAUGUUGCAAAACAAGGCAAACCCAACUAUAAACAAGUCUACUGGCUUGCCUAGGAAAAGAUUCUAUCGAGCUCGAGCACACAGCAAUCCUCUAAGUGACUCGCACUUUCCAGUUCCACUUUCACCUAACCAUGUUGAAUAUUCACUCCAUUACCCUCAACUAUUCCCCUUGGCCGAUCGGACUGAUACUUGUAAAAAGAUUGGGUUUGCAGAUAUCGGUUGUGGUUUUGGAGGGCUUUUAAUUAGUCUUUCUAUUCUUUUCCCCGAAACUCUAAUGAUUGGGAUGGAGCUCAGGGAUAAAGUGACCGAAUAUGUGAAGGAAAGGAUUUUAGGUUUAAGGGUGGCAAAUCCCGGUCAAUACCAGAACGUCUCCGUUGUUCGAACUAAUUCAAUGAAAUACAUUCCGAAUUACUUUGAGAAAGGACAGCUUUUGAAGAUGUUUUUCUUAUUUCCUGAUCCGCAUUUCAAAGAGAAAAACCAUCGUCGUAGGGUAAUCAGUCCUCACUUGUUAGAUGAGUAUGCUUAUGUUCUUCAAGUUGGUGGCAUUAUAUACACAAUUACAGAUGUGGAAGAACUGGGAGAAUGGAUGAAAUCUUGUUUGCAGAAUCAUCCGAUGUUCGAACCCCUCUCGGUGGCAGAGCUAGAAGCAGACCCAGUUGUAAAACUGUUAAGUACCGCGACCGAAGAAGGACAAAAGGUGGCUCGUAAUGGCGGGCAGACUUUCCAAGCAGUUUACCGACGAAUUACUCCGGCUUCAUGAGUAAACAGUUGAUCUGCUCAGAUUUCAUUUGCCGACGUGCCCUUUUUCUGGUAUGAUAAUAAGUAUUACAAUUACUUCACCACAUGGUUUUGAACUAAUUGUUAUGUUAUUAUUAGAGGAAAAAAGGCUUUAGCAAGCUUAGAAUUGUUUCUUUUUAAUAUUCUUAAGAUAUUGUCUGUUUCAGGAUCCAUACAUUUAGCAAGCUUGGAUUUUGUUAUAUGUCUUGGAUCGAAAUUUUUUAUUUUUC